AUGUCAAAUGGUACUGUUUUCAUUCAUCGUAUCGAACGUGAACAAAUUAUUGGCCACCAGUAUUACAUCAAAAAUUGUCUACGAUCUCGCGUCGAUGAAAUCAAGCAUCAAAGAUUCUCAUAUGAGACCGGUGGUAUUAAAAUUCACUACGAUAAUGGAAAACCAAAUAUUCAUAAAGAUAUGUUCAAAUAUGUUGAAUUUGAAGGUCUCACAGUAGUACCACAUUCACCUAAUUCUUCAGAUUUAGCAACCUGUGACUUGUGGUUAUUUGACUUAAUCAAAGAAACGCUGACCGAUCAAAGUGAUUCAGAAUCAUUAUAUGAUGCCGUGACCAAUUCUAGACGAUCACCAUUUCUUCUGGAUCGUUUAAUAUUCGAAACAGAUUAUCCAUACCUUCCACCUCGAAAUCUUCAGCGCACAUAUGAUCCGACAUGUGCUCUACUGUAG